AUGGAGCUACAAUGCAAUAUGUGGAGAUGGUGGGAAGCUGUGAUGGAUUCAGCAGGGGAGGCGAAUAGAGCUGAACGCAUCCAACUCACGGUAAAUGUCCUUUGGCAGCUAUGGAAAGCUAGGAACAAAAUGGUGUUCCAGAUGGAGAACGUGGAUGCAAAAGCUAUUGUCGACAAAGUUCAACUGGAGUGGCUGGAAUAUAUUGCGGCUAAUGAAACAGACCACCAAACACAUGCUUCACCAGAAAUGGAGAUUGUGAAAGCUCAAGGGAUCAUAGGAAGAAGAAGAAGCGAUGCGGCCACAGAGGAAUCACUGGCCAUCAGAGCCGCAUUGGAGAUGGCUCAGCUUGCAAGAUGGACAAAAAUAGAAGUCCAAUCUGACUGCAAGAAUAUUGUGAGCUCCAUUAACUUGGGCAAUGUUCAGGAUUGUAAACUUCAAACAAUCCUAGAAGACAAUGAGGCCCUAAAGAAUAGCUUUGAUAGCUGUCUGUUCUCUUUUGCUCUCAGAACCGUGAAUGUUUGUAGUCAUGCACUAGCUCAAUUUGCAGUUAGGUCGGUUCGAAAUUUUGAAUGGAUAGAUUCAUUUCCAAUAUGGCUAUCACAGAUAGCUAGUAAGGAUACGGGGUAG